CAAGAUGGGGAUGGAUCUCAGCACCCUCCGGACCCUCAUCAGCAGAUAUUGUGUUGGUGAGGAGAACUGGGUGGACAGCAGAACCAUCUACAUCGGACAAAAGGAGCCUCCUCCUGGUACUGAGGCCUUCAUACAGCAAAGAUUCCCAGACAACAGAAUAGUCUCCUCCAAGUACACAUUUUGGAACUUUAUACCGAAGAAUAUGUUUGAGCAGUUCAGGAGAGUCGCCAACUUCUACUUUCUCAUCAUAUUUCUGGUCCAGCUGAUCAUUGACACACCCACCAGUCCCAUCACCAGCGGGCUGCCGCUCUUCUUUGUAAUCACAGUCACGGCCAUUAAACAGGGUUACGAGGACUGGUUGAGACACAAAGCAGACAACUCUGUCAACCAGUGUUUCGUCCUCGUGGUGCAGCAUGGGAAAGUGGUCCGCAAACAAAGUCGCAACCUCAGGGUUGGAGAUGUCGUCUAUGUGAAGGAAAAUGAAUCUUUUCCUUGUGACCUUAUACUUCUGGCCACGUCUCGAGAUGAUGGGACCUGCUUUGUAACAACAGCCAGUCUGGACGGGGAGAGCAGCCACAAGACAUACUAUGCAGUUCAAGACACCAGAGCCUACAACACAGAACAGGAGGUGGACUCAAUCCACGCCACAAUAGAAUGUGAACAACCACAGCCAGACCUGUACAAAUUUGUGGGACGUAUCAACAUCUAUAUGGAGAACGAGCCUACGGCCAGGCCUUUAGGAUCAGAGAACCUGCUGCUCAGAGGGGCCACACUCAAGAACACAGACUACAUCUAUGCGGUUGCCAUUUACACUGGCAUGGAAACCAAGAUGGCUCUCAACUACCAGUCCAAGUCUCAGAAACGCUCUGCAGUAGAAAAGUCAAUGAAUGCCUACCUGGUGGUUUACCUGUGCAUUCUCAUCAGCAAGGCCCUCAUCAACACGGCACUGAAGUACGUGUGGCAGGCCGAUCCCAACAGAGACGAGCCGUGGUACAACGAUAGGACGGACACAGAGAAGCAAAGGCACAUCGUGAUCAGGGCGUUCACAGACUUCCUGGCUUUCAUGGUUCUCUUCAACUACAUCAUCCCCGUCUCCAUGUACGUCACCGUGGAGAUGCAGAAGUUCCUGGGUUCCUAUUUCAUCAUGUGGGACGACGAGAUGUUUGAUGAGGAGCUGGGGGAGCGAGCGGUGGUCAACACGUCAGACCUGAACGAGGAGCUGGGACAGGUGGAGUAUGUGUUUACCGACAAGACCGGGACUCUGACAGAGAACAACAUGGAGUUCAUUGAGUGCUGUGUUGACGGACACGUUUAUGUGCCAGAUGCCAUCUGUAAUGGACAGGUGAUGCCUGGUGCAGUUGAUAUGGACAUGAUCGACACGUCACCAGGUCCCGGAGCCAGGGAGCAUGAGGAGCUGUUUUUCCGGGCGCUGUGUUUGUGCCACACGGUGCAGGUGAAGGAGGAGGAGACGGUGGACGGGAUCAAGCACGGGAUCCACCAGGGCAAGUCCACCUCCUUCUACAUCUCCUCAUCGCCGGAUGAGGUGGCGCUGGUGGAGGGAAUGAAGAGGCUCGGUUUCACCUACCUAAGACUCAAAGACGGUCACAUGGAGAUCUUGAACAGGGAGGAUGAGAUCGAGAGGUUCGAGCUGCUGGAAGUUUUGACAUUCGACUCAGUCAGACGGAGGAUGAGCGUCAUUGUUAGAGCUGGCACUGGUGAGCUCUAUCUGUUCUGCAAAGGUGCAGACUCCUCCAUCUUCCCUCGGGUUGUCUCAGGCAAGGUGGAUCAGGUUCGAGCUCGGGUGGAGCGCAACGCAGUGGAGGGUCUACGGACCCUUUGUGUUGCCUACAGGCCUUUGAGCCCUGAACAGUACCAGGAGGUUUGCCACUUGCUGAACGAGGCCAAGUUGUCGCUACAGGACCGCGACAAACGACUGGCUGAGGCCUAUGACAUCAUAGAGAAAGACCUGAUACUCCUGGGAGCCACCGCUGUGGAGGACAGGCUCCAGGAAAAAGCAGCGGACACCAUAGAGUCUCUCCACAAGGCCGGCAUGAAGGUGUGGGUGCUGACAGGCGAUAAGAUGGAGACAGCGGCUGCAACCUGCUACGCCAGCAAGCUCUUCCAUCGCAACACCGUGAUCCUGGAGCUGACCACCAAGCGCACAGAGGAGCAGAGCCUGCAUGACGUCCUGUUUGACCUGAGCAGGACGGUCCUGAGGCAGCACGGAGGCAUGACCAGGGACACUUUCUCUGGCUUAUCAGGUGACUGCCCCGACUUUGGUCUGAUCAUUGACGGGGCCACCCUCUCUGCAGUGAUGAGGCCCGGCCAAGAGGACGCAAACUCUGGGAACUACAAAGAGAUCUUCCUAGAAAUCUGCCGCAACUGCAGCGCUGUGCUCUGCUGUCGAAUGGCGCCGCUCCAGAAAGCACAGAUUGUGAAGAUGAUCAAAACCUCUGCAGAGCAUCCGAUCACACUGGCAAUUGGCGAUGGAGCGAAUGAUGUCAGCAUGAUCCUGGAAGCCCAUGUUGGCAUUGGUAUAAUGGGUAAAGAAGGUCGUCAGGCUGUGAGGAAUAGCGACUACGCCAUUCCGAAGUUCAAACACCUGAAGAAGAUUCUGCUUGUCCAUGGACACUAUUACUACAUACGCAUCUCCGAACUAGUGCAAUACUUCUUCUACAAGAAUGUCUGCUUCAUCUUCCCCCAGUUCCUUUACCAGUUCUUCUGUGGCUUCUCACAACAGCCGCUGUAUGAUACCGCCUACUUGACUCUGUACAACAUCAGCUUCACCUCGCUGCCCAUUCUGCUCUACAGUCUCAUAGAGCAGCACAUUAACAUGGAAAUCCUGAAGAAGGACCCAUCGCUCUAUAGAGAUAUUGCUAAGAACUCUUUGCUGCGAUGGCACAACUUCAUAUAUUGGACCGUCCUGGGUGUAUAUGACGCCAUAGUGAUGUUCUUUGGUGCUUACUUUCUGUUUGACAACACCACCUUCACCAGCAACGGACAGAUGUUUGGAAACUGGACGUUUGGGACGCUGGUCUUCACUGUGCUCGUCUUCACUGUCACAUUCAAGUUGGCUCUAGAUACUCAUUACUGGACCUGGAUCAACCACUUUGUCAUCUGGGGCUCACUGAUCUUCUUUGUGGUCUUCUCUCUGCUGUGGGGAGGAAUCAUCUGGCCCUUCCUCAACUACCAGAGGAUGUACUAUGUGUUCAUGCAGAUGCUAUCCAGUGGUCCGGCCUGGCUCAGUAUCAGCCUCCUGAUAACAGCCAGUCUGUUACCUGAUGUGUUAAAGAAGGUGAUCUGGAGGGCGCUGUGGCCCACCACUACUGAACGCAUACAGAAUGCUGAUAAACUCUAUAAGGGCCACCUCUCAGAGUUCACCCCCCUGGCGUCCCUCCACGCCCCAUCCAAGGCUGGCAGCCGCCGGCGGGGCUCUGGAAACCAAAGGAGCGCUGCGCACCCUCGAAGGUCUGAACCCUUUAACAAGAAACUCAUGUUCACACGCUGGCAAAGAAAGCCAGACUACAGCACCUUCACCCCACUCCUCCGAUUCACAGACGGCUCCCGCCACACGUUUCAGGGACACGGCUACGGAGGGGCGGGGCCUGAGACCUCAGUCUAAUUUAUUUCUCUUUAGUACUUUUUUAAAUCCUGGAGUUCUGAUAUCAGACACAUUCGGAGCUCAAUGAGGAAAGAAGGUGACUAAGUGUUACUGAGCUGGAGUUAAAUGAUGGACCAUGUCUGCAUCUAUAAUCCAUCUCUGACUGACAACAAUGAACGUGACCUUUAUAACUUCUCAGCCAAGUGUGGCUCAAAGCACUAUGGGACGACUCUGGAAAGGACUCCAUCCACGGGGGCCUCAUGACGUGCAAAGGGCUCAGCGUACUGAUGUCACAGCAUUAAAAACUUUGAUUAUAAGAGACUGAAAAUAUGCACAUUCGCCCUUUACACCUGUCUGCCGCUGACAGCAGGCAGCUGAAGUGUACUUUUAGGAUUUAUACCACACUCCUUUAAAUGUGUCGUGAUUGUGCAGAUGAUGAUGACGGUGCUUUCUCAGCACAUGCUUUCUCUGAUCAACCAUUUUAUUUUCUUCCAUUCCUGCCAUCUCUCUGUCUUUCUGUCCAUCUGUUCCUCCUCUCUAUAGGACAAACUGGUGUUGCCUGUGUGCAAACUUGUUUUCCCGAAACACUCCGUAGGACUCUGGGGUCAGAUCCUUCAGCGCUGUAAGGAAGGGUGCAGUACAGAAGCUGUUAGUGUUUGUAAAGUGGAUCUGAGUCGGUCUUCUCCUCAUUUAUUAGUUAUAUUGUGUCUUAAAGGGAAAAAGACCAACUUCAGCUCCACUUUCAAACUCUUCUGUAGGUAGAGUAGAGUUUUUGGUGGGCUAGAUACUUGUGUGCUUGUUGAUAGCUAGAGUUAGUGUUCGUGCUGCUUUCAUUCAGUCUCUCUUAUCGUCUUUGAAGCACUUUAACAUAUAUUUAUCUGUAAUGCUGAGAGAUUAAUCGCUGAAGUUUUAAAUGCCUUAUUAUUUUAGCGAUAGAAUCCAGUAGAAAUGGCUUCACUUCAACUUAAUGCCUUAAUGUCAUCGUGUAAAUACCAGAGAUAAAAAAACAAAGAUCCAGAAGAAAAGAAAGUUAGACGUCCUCUAUUCUUCCGGUUUUGUGUCCUCACGUGUCAGAAACGUCCAGAGCAACUCACUCCAACACUAGUGCAUGUCUGAAAGCAGCUUCGUAGACAUACUGCAAUUUUAUUUAUCUAGAUAAAGUGUGUAAUUUAUACAUUAAUAGUCAGGUUUGGAGAGGUUCAAAUAAUAAUGUAUUGUUCAAUACUUUUUUUAGCACCGUAGAAAUGAACAUACCAAGUCAAGUGAUCCAAACUUACUUGAUGCCUUAAAGUAAUAAUAAAACAGUAUUUCUGUGAUGUGUUCAUCAGUGGUUCAGCCAUUUAAUAUGGAGGUGGUACAGCCAUGCAAUCCUUAUUUGGUUUUACACAACCUACACAUAACAGAAUAUUCACAAACAAUAAGAAGAAACAGGAAUAUUCAAACAAAUACAGUUUUAUGUAUGAAAAUAUGACACACUUAAUUGGAAUUAUUUCCAUAUUGGUCUUUAUUAUGAUCUGUCUUUCUUUUAAAGGCAGUUUCAUGUGCACAGGUCAGUGUACAGUCACCAAAUCCUCUGCUCCUCGUAUAGAGAAACACCAACAGAAAACAAUAGCAGUGUGUUUUCAAAAUGAUUUCUCAUUCAGCCUUGGAUUUGCUCUGUCCACGUAAUGUCUGCCUGAAUGAGGUGCUUAUACCUUUUCAUAUGAAAAGGUUGACACAAUAUAGAAACAUUGAAGGCACCACCAGCGGCUUGUUAGCUCAGAUUAGCACAAAGACGAAACGGGUGACAACACGUAGCCUUGGCUUCAGGUUAAGUCCCACCUCUAAACCUCACUAAUAUAUGAUUAUAUAGAGAAAUGUGUAUAAAAUUAGUUUGGUUGUCAUCACUCUGCUUUAAAUGAAUGAGCUAUAGACUGCUCAUCCUCUAAAAUGCCUUAUGAUGGACUUACAGAGGGAAUGAGACUUUCUACCUUCAUGUUCUUUGACUGGUUUCCUGUUUGAACACGUAUCCUCUCUCUCUUUCUUUCUAGCUAUCCCUACUUCUCUUUUUCUACCUUUCUCUCGUUCUCCACCUGCUGAAGCAACGCAGAUGUGUUCUCACCUCCAUCCGUCCUCCUCAUCACCCGCUUCCUCCAUCGGUCUGUCCAACCCUCCGUCUACACGUCCAUCGUGAGACAAAGUAGAAAUCGUUUUGUACUCGACUGUUAAUAGUUCUAAUAUGAACCAAAGCCUUGUUGCUGCUAGAAAUCCUUGUAGCUGCUUUACAUUAGGUGCCUUGUGGUAGAGAACUGUCUUCGCUCGCUUUUAUGGUGAAUUCUACUACUUAUAAUCAGCGUUUGGAUGGAAAGGUACUGCAGAUGAUGGCUGUAUGGAGCAGAGAUUAAGAAAGGGUGGAUGUAAGUGUCAGGUUCUACUGUCCAGUAACAUUUAUUAGCAAUGCCGCACUGAAAUAUGAUUGGUCUGCGAUCAAUGAACAAAUUAAUCAGCAAUUGCACCAAAAAUAUUCAACAACAAUUUAUGUUUAAUAUCAGUUUUUUAUUGUUUUUAUUCCAAUUGUUUUAUAUAUGUCCAUGGGGGCAUUUUGUCUCUGAAAUGUUAUUUUUACUGGUUUCAUUUAUGUAUAAAGUUUAAAAUUCCCCAUCACCACGUUAAGAGGGAGUAAGGGUCUCGUUCAGUGGUCCAAGUACAUUGUGAAGAUAUCAGCCCAAUGGUGUUUUUUUAUUCUACAGACACUGAAACAUUGCUUCAGCUCUGCUUGAUUUGUUACAAACUGGAAUUUGUUUUGAGUAUAUGUUCUGUGUAUGUUUACUUUAAUGUCUGACUCCGACAUAAAAAAUAACAGCAAAGCAAGCAGUCUUAUACCAUUCAUUUAAACAUUACAAAAGAAAAAAUAAUUCUGAAGAGACAAAUCCAAACUUAAAAUAAAACAGUGGAUCUUAAAAUACAUAUAUUUCUGCAAUGUGGGUGAACUGAGCCUUAAUGUUCUCAGGAUUACGAAUGUAAACAUGUCAUCAGAGAUCCUCCUCCUCCUCCUGCUGUUGUUUGUGUGGAUUUAAAUUGGGCUUUGACACAUUCAGUUUAUCGUAGAGGUUUUUGUCAGACGUAACCAUGCCAGUAUUUAAUAUCUUAAAAAUUGUUUUCCCACCGGAUUCCAAAAUAAUAGGUAUGAAUAUCGGCACUUAGAGGCACUCGGGAGUCUUUUAAAGAAACAUCAGAAAUGAAUCGUGCCAUAAGCCCCUUUUUCAUUCAGUCAGGCAUCUCCCAAAUCACAAAACUGUUACAGAAAAGGAAUAUCAAGAGCUUUGUGUCUGCUCAAGUUUUCCACGUCUCAUGAGGCUUUGUUAUUUUGUGUAGAAGCCGAUUCGAACAACAACUACCUUUUAAAAAUGAGUAUUAUAAAAAGACAAGAGAUAUAUACCUGUGGUGUCCGCUCAGAUACACCCCUGCACUGAACCGUCUUCGUCUGGUGAUUGACACGUCGCUGUAGGAAUCUUUCAAAACCAUUAAAUGGUGGAUUUAAGGUCUUUACUGUACUGAUCACUCUCUGUCCGGAUCUUUCAACACCACUGAAACUGGCAGCCUUCAAACCGAAUGUUAUCUUCUCUCUUUUACAAUGUAUUAUUGUGUCAUGUUCUGUAUGUCUCAUAACCAAACAGUAUCUAUAACUUCUGUACACACUGAUACAGUAUACAUAUAUAAAUAUAUAUAUAUAUAUAUAAGAUAUAAAUGUACUUAUGUUAAUUAAUGUACAGUUUUGGGGUCUUUUUGUAAACAGUUUUUAAACAGUCAUAUCAAGAUUUACUUGUGGAUUUUUGCCAACCUUUCUGUAGAUAUCGACGGAAAACAGCUGUACAUGUGCUUAAGAAUAAA